CGGACAGUUAGGAUCAGAGAAGUUGACAGAGCGCUUCGUCGUCGUGUCCCACCGCAGUAAGGAGCCAGGAAGUCACGGUACCCCGAUCUAAUAACAGCCCAUCUGGACUCGAGACAUGGCUUCAAAUAAUGGCUCUGCUGGGAAGUGGGAGGUAGUGAAGAAAGGAAAGAAAAGUAACAGCUCAGGAGGAGCGAAGAACACGACUGACAAGAAAUCUGGCAGCGGGGGUAGGAAAGCCCUGGGCGAAUCUAACCAGCAGCCAUCCAGACCACCCCUUAAGAUGUCAGAGACAGUGUAUGACAACUUUGAGAAAGUGGGAAAGAAGCAAAACAAGGAGCAAGUUCCACCACCAGCGGAGUCUCAAAGCAAAAAGUCCUCUUCAAGUAAACUAUCCAAGAAAUCUCCCUCCAGCAAUACAGUCACACCUGCAACUCACAAGACUCUGGAGGAAGCUUUCAAAGCUUUGGAUGUUGGGGACCUGAAGCAGCAGUUGGCUCGUAGUCAGUCCCUUUUCCCAGAUAACCCCUCAGUCUGGGUCAAAGAUCUGGCAGGAUACCUCAACCUCCAUCUGACUGCACCAGAGAAGGAGCCCACGCUUAGCAGCUAUACUCACGACUAUCCGUACAGCCUUACCGGGAAGGAGCUGAGGGGCGUUAUUAAAGGCCUGAUCGGACGUUGCAGCAACGUUCUGUCGGAUUUCUUCGACCACUGUGUUUACAGCAUGCUCAGGGAGCUGGACAGACAGUCAGGAGAACCUCUGCAUGGUUACAGAGUUUGUAUUCAGGCAAUCCUGCAGGACAAACCCAAACUAGCCACCCAGAGCCUGCCCGAGUAUUUGGAGAUGUUGCGCUCAGUUCAGAAUCGUCCAGUGAAAUGUUUGACCAUCAUGUGGGCUCUGGGUCAAGCUGGAUUCUAUGAUCUCAGCCAGGGACUAAGAGUGUGGCUGGGGAUCAUGCUUCCUGUGCUGGGGGUGAAGUCCCUGUCCUCUUAUGCCAUCGCCUAUUUAGAGAGACUACUCCUACUUCAUGCAAACUUGACAAAGGGAUUUGGUAUCAUGGGUCCAAAGGAGUUCUUUCCUCUACUUGAUUUUGCCUUCAUGCCUAAGAAUGCCCUGUCACAAAGUUUGCAGGAGCAGUUAAGGCGUUUGUAUCCUCGACUGAAGGUCCUUGCAUUUGGAGCCAAACCCGAGAGCACGUUACACACAUACCUGCCGUCUUUUCUGUCCAGAGCCACGCCACACUGUCCGGAUGACAUGAAGAGAGAGUUGCUCAGCAGUAUGACUGAGUGUUUGUGUGUGGAUGUCCAGAGUUUAGGAGUGUGGAGGCAGCUCUACACUAAACACCUACCGCAGUCCAGUCUGUUGUUGAACCACUUAUUGAAGUCCUGGAAUAUUCUUCCACCAAAGUUGCGGAAGAACCUUGAAGAAACAAUCCAGUCUUUUAGAGUGACCAAUGAAGAGAUGAAGGGCACAACAGAAUCUCAAGACCUCCAAGAGUGCAAUAACCUGUGCCAGAAUCUUCAGGUAAAGAUGCGAGGUCAGGGGUUCCCCUGGUUCAAGCUGCUAAUGGUUUUGCUCGUGUUCGCUGCUGGUUUCAUUGCCCAUGACAUCAGAUCCCACAGCUCAGUCACAGAUUCCACCACGGCCAAGUAUCUGCAGACAACAGGAGUCACAGCUGUGUCCCAGCAGGCCUGGAGCAAAAUAACAGUCUACUCAAAGCAGGGUUUCAGCUGGUUGGAGAAAAACACUCCUCAUUAUUACUCUGAGUGUGUGCGAGUAUUGGGCCCAGUAAUGGAACAAGGUUUAGAAAAGGGAAAAGCUGCAGCCAUUUCCAUGUGUGACAACACCUCACGGUUUAUCCUCUGGGUCAAAGAAAGCACGCCGCUGGUCAUCGAAUGGGUGAACACCAACACUCCAGAGAGUGUGUUCCAGGUGUUGGCGUACAUAAAGGAGCUCCUCAUCUUCAUCCAUCAGAACUACAUCCUGCCAACGCUGGCGUACAUGUCUGACCUGCUACAGCGAGCAUGGACCAGCCUACAGGACUCCUGCAAUGGGGAGGUGUCCAUGUCGUGUCUGCAGGGCCACGCUUUGUACUUUACAAACUCAACAUGGCAGCUGCUCCAGCAUACGACCUCAGCCAUUAAGACGUGGGCUCAGGAGCUGCUGACACGAGCAGGAUAACGCAACAGAUGCUGACUAAUUUACACACACAGUAUACACACAGUGUGUGUGCAGUGAUAUACUGUACAUGCGCUCCCUGGCCCAAUGUGAGACUGCCUUCCAGUGCUUUGGCUACUCUGAGGACGUGAUUGGACAACUGGGGGUCAGAUGAAAACAAACUCCCUCACAAAGACUUCUUUGUUUCUUGUUUUGGCUAAAUUUAAAUUUAUCAAUCAGUUUGUAUAGAAGUUUUUUUUUUUUUGGGAUUUUCUACAAAUUUUUUUUUUGUCACUGCUGGAUGCUGAGGUCGUAUUUUUUCUCUCUCCCUGAGUUUUCUACUGCAGGUUCAAGAUACUGCUUUAACCUCCUGGAUAAAGAGAUAUAUAAUUUAUAGAAAAUGUAGGUUUGUAGAUUUUAUAAACCAUUUUUUUUAUUUAAGAAUAAUUACAUAAGGAAAUUUACACAAGAAAACUUGGUAAAGAGCAGGGAAAAACCAUUUAGAAACCUCUGAAGACAUCAUCUUAAAUGUUGAGGACCACUUAGUCUCUUCUAAUUUGUCUCACUCAGCCUUCAUCAAGCUGAAGCUGCUCAUAAUGAAACCACAUUAACAUGAAACAUAGGAGGAAAAUUUACUGGAGGGUUGCCUCCUUCAGAGUAUUUCAAACAGAGAGAUUGAACCAGAAAAAGAUGCAGCCCAACUGCUGUUCCUAUCAUGCCUCGCCUCAUCUCCGUUGCUUUAUUUUUAUCCUGUUUAUUAUAUUUCAAAAGCCACAAGAAGUACAGUGUUCAUGUACUUGCUUGAUGAUAUUCUAGAUUUGUGUUUAUGUGGUUCAACAAGCUUUGUAUCUUUAAUGAGAUCACAAUCAAAUCUGUGCCAACGGCCCCUCUGUACUGUACACUGAAACAUGAGAAAACAUCUUUGUCCAAGCGAAACAUUUCUGACCAGCUCAUUCACUAACCCAUCCUUGUACACCAGAUCAGAUGGAUAUGGCAACAACUAAUGUCUUACUUUGUUAUGUAAAUCAUUUAUAAUAAAGACUUCAACCCUC